CUAGUCUUCGAAAAUAUGGCCCUUUUCUCUUUCUUUGCAGGUUGGAUCGGUUAUUUGCUUAUUUGCCUGCUUGGAUUGAUUUUCAUCGCAUUUCUCUGUUUUUGUCUUUACAUAAAAUAUAUUCAUCUGAAAUAUGAUCACAUACCGGGACCACCAAGGGAUAGUUUUAUAUUUGGUCAUUCCCCAACCAUGCUGAGGGAGAUGAGCAAUGGUCGAGUUCUCCACGACAAAUUUCUGGAAUGGGCUGAGAUUUAUGGACCGGUGUACCGUAUCAACGGUUUGCAUAUUGUGAUGUUGUGUGUGACCUGUCCUGAUACCACCAAGGAAGUCCUGAUGUCACCUAAGUACCCCAAAGCCCCAAUGUUCUACAAGCGUCUCUUCAACCUGUUUGGACAGAGGUUUUUGGGAAGUGGCCUGGUCACAGCACAGAAUCAUGAUGAGUGGUACAAACAGCGAAGAAUAAUGGACCCUGCCUUCAGCAGUCUGUAUCUGCGGGGUCAGAUGGGUGCGUUCAACGAGAGGGCAGAGAAGCUGAUGGAUAAACUGGCGGACAUGGCUGACACCAACACAGCUGCCAACAUGCAACACAUGUUCAACUGUGUGACACUGGAUGUCAUCACUAAGGUGGCGUUUGGAGUGGAGCUGGAUCUGCUGAAGGAGAGUGACUCUCCGUUCCCCAACGCUAUAGAGACGUGUCUUAAGGGAGUGGUCCACUAUCUCAGAGACUUCACUUUCCAGCUCUACCCAAAGAACAAGAAGUUCAUCAACGAGGUGAAGAAGUCUUGUCAGCUGCUGCGUUCGACAGGCAGACAGUGGAUCAACGAGAGGAAAAGGGCCGUCCAAAACGGAGAGGACGUUCCAAAAGACAUCCUCACACAGAUCCUCAAGACGGCUGGCAAAGAGGAAAACAUAGCAAACGAUGAUGAGGAGCUUAUGCUGGACAACUUUGUGACGUUCUUCAUUGCGGGGCAAGAGACAACAGCCAAUCAACUAUCUUUUACCGUCAUGGAACUGGGAAGGCUGCCAGAGAUACUGACAAAGGUGAAGCAGGAAGUGGAUGACGUCAUCGGGAUGAAACAGGAAAUCAGCUUUGACGACCUGGGGAAAAUGACCUACCUGUCUCAGGUUUUGAAGGAGACUCUAAGGUUGUACCCUACAGCACCAGGCACUUCUCGUUUCAUCCCUAACGACAUCGUCAUCAACGGCAUCCCCAUCCCAGCAGGAGUCUCAUGCUUCUUCAAUUCGUAUGUCUGUGGAAGGUUGGAUAAGUUCUUUGAGGACCCGCUGAAGUUUGACCCAGAGAGGUUCCAUCCAGACGCUGCCAAACCCUAUUACUGCUACUACCCCUUCGCCCUGGGACCACGCUCAUGUCUGGGACAGAGCUUCGCACAGAUGGAGGCCAAGGUAGUGAUGGCCAAGCUGCUCCAGAGGUUUGACUUCAGCCUGCUGCCUGGCCAGUCCUUUGACAUCCUGGACACUGGGACUUUGAGACCAAAGAGUGGAGUGGUGUGUAACAUCAGACACAGAGGACAGACACCUGCAGCCUGACCUGACUGGGACCUGAACAUGACUAGCACUUCUCUAUAACUUGUCUUAUUUCUUAUACUUCCUAGUGGAGCAAAUUAUCUCUUUCUUUCAAUGAAGCACCUUAUUCAAAUAUCUAGCUAUUUUUUUUCAUCGGAGCGUUUGUAUUUGUGCUGAUUCCAUGUUGUUAAUUUACCCUUAUCAUGUAGUUACUAUGCAGUAUACCAUUUAUCACAUAAUAUAAAGGUUACUAUGCAGUAUACCAUUUAUCACAUAAUAUAAAGGUUACUAUGCAGUAUACCAUUUAUCACAUAAUAUAAAGAGAUUUAUAAAGUAUAUAUUAACUUCUUUGAUGAACUUCUUAACCAACAUUACCACAAUGCCUCUGUUGGAGUGAAUUGACUAUAUUUUAAUAAAAUAAUUU